CUCAUGCAGAAUUGCUUGUUCAUCAGAAAAUGCGAUUGAUCUACCUUCAGGAUCCUCAUUAGUAAGCGCCGGAAAGCAGCGGGAUGAAGGGGCGGAUCAAAGGUCUUGUUCUAUCUUCCCUGCUUUCCUUUCAUUAUAGUUGAGGGAUCAUCAAGUUAUGCAGAAUCACAUCAUGUCAAUAUCCAUCAUGUUCAAAACUUGCUGAAACCAAUAUUCCGUUUUGGGUUAAAUUAGCAAGACAAGUCGACUAAUUUGUUGUUUGUUUGAGUAAUUAUUCAAAUCAUUUAAUUUAAUAUAUAUUUUUCGACAUCUUCGAAAAAUCUCCAAUUUGAAUCUUAUUCCAUUGCUUAAUUUUACUCAAGGCGUUGGGACAGUAAACUCAAAGGGCCUGUGAAUUACGGAGCAUUUUAUGCUGUAAUUACCUCUUGGUCAGUUGCUCUGCUGGAAGAAGGGAGGGCACAGGAAAGGGCACCUCCCACAAACAGGAAAAGUGACUCAUUCACAAUUUCUGAACUGCUGCCAAACCCCACCUCGGAGUUAACCUUUGCGACUAAGGAAGAUGCAGAAGAUGAAAGCCUUCCCGGACGCCUGGCCCGGAUCUGGACACUUGGUCAGAUUUAACUCCGCGAUCACUGCUCUAUCCAGUCAGAGGCAGAGUCCAAUGCAAUGAAACUCCGGCUACUUUGCUGCAGCGACUUGCCUCUCUGUAACAUCAGCGCUGCUAACGGCAGCCUGGACAGCGAUGGGAGUUUCAGCACCACGGCCAGGGGCCAGGGCGGCGACGAUGAGCUCCUGCUGCCUACUUUCUCCACGGCCUCUAAGGUCAGAGUCGUCAUCACCCUGACCAUCUUCCUGAUCUCCUCCUACCUCAACCUGAGCGUGCUGUGUGACGCCCUGAGGAGGAGAGGCACAGCCAGAUCCCACAUCAGGACACUGAUUGUGAACCUGUCGUGCGCUGACCUGCUGGUCACCUUCAUUGUGAUGCCCCUGGACGCGGCCUGGAACAUCACGGUGCAAUGGUACGCUGGGGACUCCGCCUGCAAACUCUUCAUGUUCCUCAAGCUGCUCUCCAUGUACUCGUGCGCCUUCAUCACGAUGGUAAUCAGCCUCGAUCGUUACUGUGCCAUUCUACACCCUCUGGGCAUUAGCAGAGCCAAUGAGAGGAACCGAACCAUGCUCAUCGGGGCCUGGGUCAUGAGUGUCAUUUUGGCUACCCCUCAGCUGUUCCUCUUUCACACUGUCUCUAUUACUGUACCAGCUCCAUUUACUCAAUGUGUGACUCAUGGCAGCUUCAAGGAGCCUUGGCAGGAAAAAGUUUACUUUCUCUUCACCUUCCUCUGGUUGUUCCUUCUGCCACUUAUAAUCAUGGUAUUUUGCUACACCAGUAUAUUAGUCACCAUUACGAGGAAGAUGGCAGUAAAUGGAGAUGUAUUCUCUAAGGACGCAGACUCAAGAUGUAGUAAGAACUACAUUCCCAAAGUGCGAAUUAAAACCUUAAAGAUGACCAUUGUUCUUGUGAGCACCUUCAUCAUAUGCUGGACUCCAUACUAUGUCUUGGGAUUUUGGUACAAUUUUUUUCCAGCUAUGAUAAACAAGAAGGAAAUUCCUGAAUCAAUUAACCAUGCCCUAUUUACUUUUGGGAUGCUGAACAGCUUUGUGGAUCCUGUGGUUUGUCGUAUUGGCUAUCUUAGGAUGACGAGUGGCUGAUGCAGUGGGCAACAUGUUGAAGCCUAUAUUAAGCACGGUCAGAGUAAUAAAAAAUGACAGUUGUCUUACAAUGCCCUGAAAACUUCCUGACCAAUUAAUUGUGAAAUUCAGCACGUAGCUUCAUUACUUGGUCCCAUAUUUUCCAAGAACGUUGUUUAUUCUCAGCAGACUGCAGAGAAGUAAAUGGCAAGUUAAUAGGCUUAUGAAGUGAUGUGCACCCAGCUGAAUGCAGUUAAAACAGCUGUUAAAUGUCAGUCAACAUGUGUAAAUUUGAGGAUCAGUGGAUGACAUAGUAGAGCUUUUACUUUUUGGUCUUUCGUUUUUGUUAUACAAUGAAACUGGUGAAAGAGUUUCUUUGACCUCUUCAGUACUCUGAUAAAUAGUUCAGUAGCUACACUCCUGUGUACUCAGCUAGAACAAAUAUCUUUCAGCUCAGACACUUCUGGAUCAGCACUCAACCUAAUGAAAAGUGCUUACUUGCAUGUUGACUCAAAUAACUGCUUUUGGAUGCAUACAGACUGCUUCUGAAGAAUUAAUGAGUGAAGUGGCCUUUGGUGCAGAUACACUUCAAAUGAAGAUUCAUAGAAAAGGAAACUAUUUGCUGAAUUGAACGUUUUCCUUACUCCAUAGGAGCUCUUUUUCAGUGAUGCAUGAAAGUCAGUGCUCUUUUAAAGAUUUAUUAUAUUUUUAGAUUUAAAAAGAAUACCAUCCAGCCUCACCACUAUUAAAGCCCACAGGCACUAACUGUUUGUACGAAGUAGUGACUGUCUCUGGUAGGAUUGAUAAUGUUUGGAAUUCUCUACCCUGGAGACUGAAUAAGCCUGGAUCAUUAAAUGUAUUGAAGGAUAAGUUAGAUAAAUCUUUGAUCCACAAGGGCAUCAACAUUAAUGGUGGGGAGCAAAGGAAACAGAUUUAAGGCCAUAAUCAGAUCAACUAUUCUUUUAUUGAAUGCAAGGGAGGCUCAAAGGGCCACACAAUUCACUCCUACUCCUAUCUUUUAUGUUCUUGUAUUCGUAUAAGAAAUUAUUUGUUCCAAAAAAGGAAAUGAAACAAGAGUAAUAUUUGAUUCCAGUGUUAAUUAACAGGUGUAGUGCUGUAAGAACAAAUCAACCUUUAUUCACAUAGCAUCUUUAGCAAUAUUAAAAUGUUUUAAAUCAUUUCAUUUGUCUGACAAUAGUCAAUACCGAGAGCAUUAGGACAAGCAAUCAACAAUUGAUGAUAAAGAUUGCUACAAGUCCAGCUUUAUAGAAGGAGAGCGAAAUUUAUAUUUAAAUUUUGACUUUGAUACAUUAUUACACAUUUAGUAGUAUUUAUACCCAAUUCUUUGAGAUUCUUUUCCUCAGGGGAUUUUGACUCUUAAUAUGAAUUAUAAGGUGAACCCAAUUAUAUAAUCCUUAAACCUACCUGCAUGUCAUUGCCAAUCAGUGUCAAAUUUGAGAAAGUUUUGUAUUGGAGGCUGACAACCACAAAGGUCUAGAUUAAGGGCUCACAAACUAUUUCUCAUAAUUUAUCAAUAGACAACUGACUGUAGGAAUUUGUAUUCCACUAUUUGCUUUUAUUACAAAGGAACUAGAGUACAAGAUUAAGAACGCCUUGUCCAGGGCUUUAAUGAAACCACAUCUAAAAUCUGUACCACGUACCACGUACAGUUUCAAUCUCCAUAAUAAAAGGAAGGCUAUACUUGCACUGGAGACAGUGCUGUGGAUGUUCAUUGCAAUGGGACGCUUGUCCUCUGAUGAGAGGCUGAGUAAAUUGACUCUAUAAUCUCUGGAGUUCAAAAUAAUGAGAGGUGAUGUCAUUUACAAUUUUGGUCGGAUUUGACAGUGGAGAUGCUGAGAGAUUGCUUCUCCUGGUUUGAGAAUCUAGAAUAAGGGGACAGAAUCUCAGGAGAAAAGGCUGAUAAAUAAUAUAGGAUUAAGAUAAGGAGAAAUUUCUUCAAAGUGCAUGAUCUUUCGGAAUUUCCUACCCAAUUAAAUUGUAGAUACUCCAUCAAUAAAUGGUGUUAAUGUUAAGAUAGACAGAUUUUUAAUCACUCAGAAGUCAAAAGAUACAGGGAGGGGGCAGAAACGCAUUGUUUUGGUAAUGAUCAGCUAUGAUUGUUAUGAAUAAUAGAGCAUUAUUAAGGAUAAGACGAAUGGGCAUGAAUUUUAUAGAAACCAAAACAAUUAUGAAGGGAAUAGAUAACAUAGAAGCAGGGAGGUUGUUUCCACUGACGGGCAAAACUA